AUGCACAAAUCCAUUUUACUGGUCGCUAUACUUGUCGUUUGUGGCUAUGCUGCGAAUAGCAAUGGAUAUUCAAAGUUCGUUUGUCCAAAAGAUAACGGGGUAUUCAAAGAUUCCUAUCAGUGCGACAAGUACUACGAAUGUAAAGAUGGACAUGCUUCGGAAAAACUUUGUCCCGACGGGUUAGUUUUUAGUACCAGAAGGAAGAGCCACAAAAAGUGUGAUCUACCCUCAAAUGUCGACUGUAGCGACCGCAAGGAGCUGCAACCACCAAAACCAUCUGGCGUUUGUUUGCGACAGAAUGGAUUCUUUCCCCAUCCAGAUCCCACAAACUGUACCAUUUUUUACAGUUGUGUGGAAGGACGUGAGACUGAGAUGACAUGCGCAGCUGGGUUACACUUCGAUUCUGCCACCGGUACUUGCAACUGGGCGGAAACAGCCGGUCGAACGAAUUGCAGAAGCAAUGCUAAUAAAAAACUAAAGGAUGGCUUCCAAUGCCCCGCCGAUUUCAAGCAGAUCAAUAGUAACGGUCAAAUGGUUACGCACCCCAACUUUCCACAUCCUGAGGAUUGUACCAAAUUUUACAUUUGCCUGAAUGGGGUUGAACCCCGGCAAGGAGCCUGUCAUGCGGGUAUGGUGUAUAACAAAAAUACACAGCGAUGUGAGGAGCCGGAAAGUGUUCCAGGAUGCGAAAACUGGUACAAACACACAGUCAAGUCAAAACAUUAA